GGCUGCAGGAGCCACUGGAGCCAUGACAGUCUCCACAGACUCUGCAAACUUCCUCUGGUCAGAUGCUGUUCCACUGUUCUUAAAAUUGUUAAAUUCUCCUCACCAGGAUGUUUGUGAGCAGGCUAUGUGGGAACUGGGAAACAUAAUUGGUGAUGGACCACAGUGCAGGGAUUAUAUAAUCAGCCUCGGGUUUGUGAAGAAAGUGCUGUCAUUCAUAAAACCAUCGAGUCCCAUUACUUUCCUGAGAAAUGUUACUUGGGCGAUGGUUAAUCUGUGUCGCCAUAAAGAUCCUCCACCACCUAUGGAGACCAUACAAGAGAUUCUUCCAGCACUUUGUGUCCUUAUUCACAAUACAGAUAUAAAUAUAUUGCUGGGCACAGUGUGGGCCCUUUCCUAUCUAACAGAUGCUGGUAAUGAACAAAUUCAAAUGGUAAUAGACUCUGGGAUUGUAAAAAACUUGGUCCCUCUUCUGAGCAACCCAGAAGUGCAAGUGCAGAUUGCAGCUUUAAGAGCUGUAGGAAACAUUGUCACUGGGACAGAUGCGCAGACACAAGUUGUACUGAAUUGCGAUGCUCUCUCACACUUUCCAGCAUUGCUUACUCAUUUCAUGGAAAAGAUCAACAAGGAGGCGGUAUGGUUUUUGUCUAACAUCACUGCUGGUAACCACCAGCAAGUUCAGGCCGUUAUCGAUGGUAACCUUAUACCAAUAAUCAUACAUCUGUUGGAUAAGGGUGAUUUUGGGACACAGAAGAAAGCUGCAUGGGCAAUAACCAAUUUAACAGUUAGUGGAAGGAAAGACCAAGUUGCAAAUCUUAUCCAACAAAACGUGAUUCCCCCGUUCUGCAAUCUUUUGACUGUAAAAGAUGCCCAGGUCACACACUUAGUGUUGGAUGGUUUAAUCAACAUUUUAAAAAUGGCCAAUAAUGAAGCUGAGACCAUAGUCAAUCGUAUUGAGGAGUGUGGAGGCUUGGAAAAAAUUGAACAGCUACAAAGCCACAAGAAUGAAGAUAUCUACAAACUGGCUUUUUACAUAGUUGACCGGUUUUUCUCAUCAGAUAUUAUUAUUGAUCUGACCUAGUGGGCUGCAGACAGAAAUGUACGGACUUCAUUCCUAUGAUAGUACAUACUACAUGAUGUCAAGAUGGCGAGUGGCAAAUGUAAUGAAAAUAAAUGUAAAUGUAUUAAUGUAGAAGGCAAGCUAGGCUGUCAUUGGGAAAUAAAGAGUAAUGCUUAAGACACCA